CUUGUGGGCGAGAGGAGCGCCACUUUUUCGUAAGUUUACGGUGAGCCAACCAGCCUUCCAUUCACCAUCAUCAUUCCAUCGACAAUACCAUCACCUAAAAAUAUUCCAAUCUUCCAAUCAUUACUAUCAAUAACAUCACUGAAAAAUUAAAGUAUAUUAAACUUAAAAACUCAACAAGUAUUUUGAAAAGUUUACUAUUUAACAAAAAAUCAAUAAUGAUUAUUAAGUACUUUUAAUGGAAUUGAAUUGCACAAUACAAAUGUAACAACGAACUAUAACCUCUUGUACUUAAAAGGCUUUAAAAUAAGAUAAUAUAUAUUUUAUUAACUCUCAAUGACGUCUAAAUUGAAAUUCAUUGCUCCAGGUGAUAGUUCAUGGCACGAAGACAAACCCGACAUUGAUGAACAUUCAUCAACUCAGUUUAUUUAUAAUGCAAACCAUUCACUGGCAUUAGAUUUGCAACGUAAACGCUUACCAAUAUUUAAAAAUCGAUCUCACAUUAUAUACUUAUUAGAAAAUUAUCAAACAUUGGUCCUGAUUGGAGAAACUGGUUGUGGGAAAAGCACUCAAAUACCUCAGUAUUUAGUAGAAGCAGGAUGGUGUACAGAUGGAAAAGUUAUUUGUAUAACAGAGCCAAGAAGAGUUGCAGCUACUUCUUUGGCCAAUCGAGUUGCGGAUGAACGUGGUUGUAUUCUUGGUACAGAAGUCGGCUACUCUAUAAGAUUUGAUGAUUGUACUGAUGAAACUACUAAAAUUAAGUACAUGACAGAAGGAAUUUUGCUGAGAGAAAUGAUGAGCGACCCUUUACUUACCAAAUACUGCAUUAUAAUUUUGGACGAAGUACACGAGCGUACUUUAUUAACAGAUAUAAUUAUGGGCUUACUCAAAAAAAUAAUACGAAAACGCAAGGACUUAAAAGUAAUUGUUUCUUCUGCUACUGUUGAUGCUGAAGAAUUACGAGAUUAUUUUAAUAUAAGUACAUCAAAAGAUCCAAAAGAUAGUACAUCAACUAUUUUAAGCGUUGAAGGCCGUUUAUAUCCUGUAGAUAUAUUUUACGUUAAAGAACCAGUACCUGAUUAUGUGAAAGCAGUAGUUGAUACUGCAUUAAAAAUUCACUCAAAUGAAGAACCUGGUGAUAUUUUAGCUUUCCUCACUGGUAUGGACGAAGUAGAUCGUGCUGUUUCGCUUCUUAAAGAACACGCAGAACUCAUCAAAGAAGGAAAACAAAAAUUAAUGCCACUGCCAAUGUAUGGAUCUCUGCCCAACGCCGACCAAUUAAAAGUAUUUUGGAAAGCUCCGAAUAAUACCCGUAAAGUUGUAAUCGCUACAAAUAUUGCAGAAACGUCAAUCACGAUUCCCAACAUCGUCUACAUAAUAGAUAGUGGUUUUGCUAAAAUACCGUGGUUUGAUGUUGACACCCAUACAAACAGUCUGAUUGUCGCUCCAGUAUCCAAAGCCUCUGCUGAUCAGCGUGCAGGUCGUGCCGGUCGCGUUCAAUCUGGAAAAGCGUAUAGACUGUACACAGAGAAUGCAUACGAUGAAUUUAUUGAAUCAAACCCUCCACAAAUGCAACGCUCAGAUUUAGCACCAGCGAUUCUGCAGCUCAAAGCACUGGGAAUUGAUAAUGUUUUGAGGUUCAAUUUUCCAAGUGUACCGCCAAGUAAAAGUUUAGUCGCUGGGUUAGAAUUACUUUACGCUUUAGGUGCUAUUGACAAGGAUGGUAGUCUAACGAAACCAUUGGGGUUGACAAUGGCAGAAAUGCCGCUAGAACCAGUGUUUGCUAAAUGCUUAUAUGCUUCAGGAGAAAUGGGGUGCUCUGAUGAAAUAUCAACAAUCCUAUCAAUGUUUCAAGUACAAAAUAUACUCAUAAGACCGUCUAGUGGUCAAGCAUCUAUAAGAGCACGCAUUGCCCACCGUAAAUUCGAAGUCGAAGAAGGUGAUCUUAUUACAAUGUUAAAUAUUUAUACCGCUUAUGAGAAGAAUAAGUCAGCAAGCUGGUGUCAAAAAUAUUUUUUAAAUUUCAAAGGACUGAAACGCGCCACAGAAAUACGAUCAAAAAUGCGCAUUAUGAUGAAGAAUUUAAAUAUACCACUUAGAUCUAGUAAUGGUGAUUUACAAUUAAUACUUCGAUGUCUUACCGCUGGUUUAUUUCCCAAUGCUGCAUUUUUACAUUACACUGGUGUCUAUAAAACAGUUCGAGGUGACAGAGAUUUAUAUAUACAUCCUAAUAGUUGUUUAUACACAGUUCAACAACCGCAAUGGGUACUAUUUUGUGAGAUAUUACAAACCACAAAAUUAUAUAUGAGAGAAUUGACUGUAAUUAAAUCUGAGUGGCUAUUAGAAUUAGCUCCGCAUUUUUACGAAAGAACUGCUUUGAAUUCUGUAUAAACUAUUUAUUUUAUAAAAUUGUAAAAAUUUAUUUUGUAAUAAAAAUUAUAGUUAUAAAGUAUUUCGAGGAAA